UUGGAGAGCAGCCUGGCCAAUGCUCAGAUCAGAAUGGAGAAAACCCUCGCUGCUGCCUCUAGGGAUCCGCCAACUACAUUUUCCAGAAGACCGUGCGCGGAAUUGAGCCAAUGGAAGCGUUUCCGCGGGAAUUCAUCCCGUAGGGGCGGGACUUCCGGCCUCCUCCUUGUGGCGGCCAUUUUGCUGCUCUCGGGCGUGCCGGGGCGGGACCGAAGUGACGGAACUGUCAAGGCUCAGGAGUCGUUGUCCCCACGGCGGAGAGGCGGGUCCGCGGCUCGGCGACGACGCCGCCCGAGCUGUCCCGCGGCGGGUGUCUGCUCCUCUUUCGCCGCUCUGGGCCCCGCUCCGCCCACAGAGUCCGAUGGCUGCGGCCGCGCGCAGGAACCCGGCUCAGGUUGCUGCUGUGGAGCAGAGGAUGCGGAGGCACCCCUUGAACAGAGCGUUUCUGUAGGUGUGUCACAGGCCAGCACACCCAAGGCAGCUCUGUCUUCCCGGAAGACCCACCCCUGUGAGAUGUGUGGUCCGGUCUUGAGAGACAUUUUCCACUUGGCUGAGCACCAGGGAAAGCCAAGCAGCCAGAAACUGUUGAGGUGUGGGGCAUGCGCAAAACGAUUUUAUUUCAGCAUAAACUUUCAGCAGCAGCCAGAGCAGUACACGGGAGUGAAACCAUUCAGAAGCAGUGUGGACAGGACCUCUUUUGUGAAGAGCUGUGGAUUCCAUGAUUCAGGAAAGCCCUUUACCUGUGGAGAGAUUGAGAAAGACUUCCUGCCUGGCUCGGGGCAUCUGCAACAAGGGGCCAUUCAUACUGGAGAAAAGCUAAACACAAUCAGCCAGUGCAGGGCAACUAUACAGAGCAGAAAAAGUCAUUACACCUGGGGAGAAUGCAAGAAAGCCUUCGGUCCCAAACACACGCUUUCUCAGGACCAGUGUUUUGUGUGCAGUGAAUGUGGGAAAACAUUCAGGUACAAAUCUUCAUUUGUUAUCCACCAGAGAUUGCAUACUGGAAAAAGGCAUCAUGAGUUUGAUGAAUGUGGAAAAUCCCUUCGGCAAAGCUCAACCCUCAGUCAGCAUGGAAAGACUCACUCCGGAUCCAGGCAAUACAAGUGCAGCAAAUGUGGGAAAUCUUUAAGCCACAAAUCCGUUCUCAUUCAUCCCCAGCGAUGGCACGGUGGAGAAAACAGUUAUAUGUGUGGUGAAUGUGCAAAAUCUUUUAGUCAGAGCUCAGUGUUGAUUCCAUGUAGAGUUCAAACUGGAGAAAGGCCUUAUAAGUGUGGUGACUGUGCAAAAUCUUUUACCUCUAUCUCUGCCCUAAGUUAUCAUCAGAGAUCUCACACAGGGGAAAGGCCCUAUGAGUGCAGUGAAUGUGGGAAGUCUUUUAUCUCUAGGUCUGACCUCCGUUAUCAUCAGAGAGUUCAUUCUGGAGAAAGGCCUUAUGAAUGCAGUGAAUGUGGGAAAUCCUUUAUCACUCGUACUGCUCUCCGUUAUCAUCACAGGGUUCACACUGGGGAGAGGCCUUAUGAAUGCAGUGAAUGUGGCAAGUCCUUUACCCGAAGAAAUAACCUCAUUAUACACCUAAGAGUUCACUCAGGUGAAAGACCUUAUGAGUGUAGUGAAUGUGGGAAAUCUUUUACCUUUAGUUCCAGCCUGCGUUAUCACCACAGAGUUCACACUGGAGAAAGACCUUAUGAGUGUAGUGAAUGUGGGAAAUCUUUUAACAAUAGGUGGACACUCAUUCGACACCGGAGAAUUCACACAGGAGAAAAGCCGUAUGUGUGCAAUAAAUGUGGGAAAUCUUUUACCUGUAGCUCCACCCUCCAGUAUCAUCAUCGAGGUCACCUUGGAGAGAGGCCUUAUGAGUGCAGUGAAUGUGGGAGAUCUUUUACUACUAGCUCUGCCCUCCGUUAUCACCAGAGAGUUCACACUGGAGAAAGGCCUUAUGAGUGUAACGAAUGUGGGAAAUCUUUUAUUUCUAGAUCUGACCUCCAUUAUCAUCAUAGAGUUCAUUCUGGAGAAAGGCCUUACGAGUGUAGUGAAUGUGGGAAAUCCUUUAUCCGAAGAAAUAACCUUAUUUUACAUCAGAGAGUUCACACAGGAGAAAGGCCUUAUAAGUGUAGUGAAUGUGGGAAAUCUUUUAAUAAUAGGUGGACCCUGAUUCAACACCAGAGAGUUCACACAGGAGAAAAACCGUAUGUGUGCAAUGAAUGUGGGAAAUCUUUUACCUGUAGCUCCACACUUUGUUACCAUCAAAGAGUUCAUGAAGGUAAAAGGCCAUAUGAGUGCAGUGAAUGUGGGAAAUCUUUUACCUCCAGUUCUACCCUCCGUUACCAUCAGAGAGUUCACACAGGAGAGAGGCCUUACAAGUGCAGUGAAUGUGGGAAAUCUUUUACCUUUAGUGCCAGCCUUCGUUAUCAUCACAGAGUGCACAGUGGAGAAAGACCUUAUGAGUGCAGUGAAUGUGGGAAAUCCUUUAAGGAUAGAUCACAAUUCAAUAAACACCGGAGAACUCACACAGGAGAAAGGCCUUAUGAGUGCAGUGAAUGUGGGAAGACUUUUAGCCAAAAAUCUUCCCUGUCAAUACACCAGAGAAUUCAUAAUAGUGAACGGUCUUAUGAGUGUAGUGCUUGUGGGAAAUCCUUUACAUCUAUCUCUGGCCUUGGUUAUCAUCAUAGAGUUCAUAGAGGAGAAAAGCCUUAUCAGUGCAGUGAAUGUGGGAAAUCUUUUACCAACAGCUCCAUACUGAUUCGACACCAGAGAGUUCACACAGGAGAAAGACCUUAUGUGUGCAGUGAAUGUGGGAAGUCUUUUACCAGUAGCGCUACCCUCUCUUACCAUCAGAGAGUUCAUGCAGGGAAAAGGCCUUACGAAUGCAGUGAAUGUGGAAAGUCUUUUACUUCCAGUUCCACUCUUCGUUAUCAUCAGAGAGUUCAUGCAGGAGACAGGCCUUAUGGGUGUAGUGAAUGUGGGAAAUCUUUUAUCUCUAGCUCCAAGCUACGUUAUCAUCAGAGAGUUCACACUGGAGAAAGGCCUUAUGAGUGCAGCGAAUGUGGAAAAUCCUUCAGGGAUAGUUCCCAAUUCAGUCAACACCGGAGAGGUCACACUGGAGAAAGGCCUUAUGAGUGCAGUGAAUGUGGGAAAUUUUUUACACGAAAAUCUACACUCUCUCAACAUCAGAGAGUUCACACUAGAGAAAGGCCUUAGGUGUGCGGGGAAUGUUCAAUUUCCUAUCCACUGUAACAACUGGAGGGAGCUUUGAGGAGUCCUCUAUCUGGACUGAAUCUCAGACAUCUAAACAUGCUCAGUGGGGAGAUCCCUUGUAAGUUUCAUUGACAUGGUAAGCUUGUGUAAAUAUGUUGCACUUUCCAUACUGUUCAGGGCUGUUUCCAGAUUUAGGUCACAGCUAGAUCUUGUGCCCAAAGCCUGUUCUCCUCUACUGCCUGGCAGGUCCCCAAGGUGUGCAUUAGUUCACCACCACAGUGUGUUCAGGGAGUCUGACCUUUGUUCUCUCAUGAAUUGGAGCAAAUUAGGAGUAACCUGAGCCCUUAGGGGUCAGCUUCCCCAUCUCCUUGACUACCUUCAGCCUGAACCUGAAUCAUUGAUGACCCAGAGAAUAUGAGUUUGGCUGGCAGCUUGCAGAGAAUAACUACCUUUUUCAGGGACAUGAUGGUCUCCUGUGAUACUUGUGAGAUGUUUUUCCAGUUUCCAAGUCACAAACUUGAGAGUGGUCUGCUGCACAUUGCUUUGGCUUAAACAAUAAUCAAGGUCCUUUUUUUUUAAUGUUUAUUUUUUAGAGCGAGCACACACGAGUGGGAGAGGGCCAAGAGAGACAGAAUCUGGAGCAGGUUCCAGGCUCUGAGCUGUCAGCACAGAGCCCUGUGUGGGGCUCAAACCCACAAACCAUAAGAUCAUGAGCUGAGCCAAAGUCAGAUGCUGAACCAACUGAGCCACCCACGUGCCCCUCGAGGCCUUACUUUUUAAAUCCUUUUUAAUCUUGAAUGUUCUACUUACUCUGUGGGGUAGUUUAUAAACAGAUUUGGGCUCAACAGCCAUCAGAGGGUGAACUUUUUAGGAGUCUCAAAUUGUCCAUGCCUGAGGAGGGAGAGGAUGAUGGCAGAAAGUAGCUUGCCAGCCUUGACCAAAUCUGUAUCACUGCCCCACAACCUCUGAAAAACUGCAGGGCUUUCUGGUUUUCAUUUGAGGUCUGGAUGCUUUGUGUUUUAGGAGUCUCAGUGAUGACCCCAAGCAGGGGACAAGUGUGAGACCCUCAGAGGCUUUUGAAAGCAGCAUGAAUUUUUCACUUAUUCAGAGGAGCUAUCACAGGGGAUGUCAGUACUGUUGAGGUGUUUUCUUCCACAGCUCUGCAAACAGCCAUGUGCCCUGAUGUCCACAAUCCAUUGGGCCAGGGUCACUGGUUGUAAGACCACAGGCAUCUGGGGAAACCAUAAUUCAUAAAGAAACACUGGCUUAAUAGGGAGUGGAGGAAACUGCAGCCAACUUGAUGGAAUGUGCCUCUUCUAAAAAUGUGUCCAGGAAAGUUUCUGUGACCAUGACUUUGCAGGAUCAGUGUAUACACAAAUCUCAGGACCUCCGGGCACAUUUAUCUUAUGUAGCUAAAGUAAUUGUCAGAGAAAAAAAUAAAAAUUAAAAUAAUCAAAAGGUUUUGUGGAUUCUGUGGUGUUUGCCUCAAAGCCGUUAUCACACAGACAGGAAAAGAAAAAGAUAAAGGAGGAUCUAUAUUCCUGGGAUGUGGGGCAUUCCUGUUGACUUGUAUGGAAAUAUUCUUCACUGUUCUCCACAUUUGCUGCCACUGAGGUGAUACCCCCAUAGGCGUGGGGAAGAUUGAUGGAGUCAAUGUGUGAAACAGGUUGCCAAACCUGUUUUCCAAAAAGAGUGGGACAGUCUGUCUUGAGCUUUAUUCAAGAUAAUAGCCUACAUGUACUAACCUGCAUAUAUUUAAAGUAUAAUUUUAUAAGUUUUGACAUAGUUCUGAACCUCUAAAGCCAUCAUCAUAGUCCUGAUAAUAACCAUAUCUGUCACAGUAUGUUUACUUAGGUCCUUUUAUAAUCCUUGCAUCUCCCACCUCUGUAGGUAACCAUUUGUUUCUCCUACAAUAGAUUGAGUUUAUGUUUGGAAUUUAUGUGUCACAAUUACUUUGAGACUCAUCGAUACUAUGUGAGUAGUGGGUUUUAUUCGUUUUUGCCAAGUAAUAUUUUUGGAUAUACCAGUUUAUCCAUUUAUCAGUGUACGAGGAUUUUUUUUUCUAGAUUUUGACUACUGAAGAUAAGGCUAGUAUAAACAUUAGUGCUCUCUAUGUGAAUGUAUGUUUCCUUGAUCUUCUGUCAGUAACUUAGAGUGUAAUGUCUGGGUCACAGGGUAGGUAAAUGUCUUACUUUUGAUUCUACAUUUUGCAUCUUCCCAGCAGUGUCUCAGAGUUCCAUUUCCUCUGUUUGGCCAAUCAUUUUAAUUUUAGUCCUUUUAAUAAGUUUUUAGUGUUAUCUCACUUUCUGUUUAAAUUGCAUUUCUGUAAGGAUUCACAAUGGGCACUUUUUCCAACGUUCAUUUGCUAUCUACAUCUUUGGUAACAUGUCUGCACAUAUCUUUUUCCUAUUCUUUGAGCUUUGACUAUUUCCUUUAAGAAACAGGACAGUGAAACAAGUGUGUGUGUGCACAAUUCACAAUGGGAUGGACACUUAUGCUGUACCCUUUUAAAUUUUUUCUGCAUUAUUAACAUAUUCUCCAUCACAUUCUUAAGUCCAGUCAUUGAGGAAUACAAUAAAGCCUUUCUUUGUAGUGGUUUA